AUGCCAGCUGAAGAAAAUGGACAGAGUACUAGCCAAAGACAUCAGAAGCCGUCAAAAUGGCGCCAAUGCUCGAUAGUCAUAGCCGCGUUCAUGUUGAACUUUUCAGGAUGUGGUCUUUUAUUUUGCUUCGGGAUUUUUCAAUCUCUAUACGAAGACAUGUCGAGAAAGGCUGGUAACCCUUUCACUGGGGCCUCAUCUGCUGAGAUCACAUUGAUAGGGAGUAUCGCCGCAUCUCUUAUGAAACUUGGGGCACCCAUACUUGCAAGUUUUGGAACUACCUUGUGGCAUUUGCAAUUGACACAGGGGCUUUUGAUCGGUAUUGCAACAUGUCUAUCUUUUAUGCCGUCUAUGGUUGUUCCACCUAGCUGGUUUGGCCGCCACAGGGCAUUGUGCAUGGGAAUAAUCUCUUCUGGGACUGGUGUUGGCGGCCUGGUAUGGUCCCCGGUCCUCACAGCCUGCAUUGGCGAGUUCGGCUAUCAAAAUACUCUACGACUUACAGGCUGUAUAUGUACAGUUCUCAUUUGUAUAUCAGGCUGUACUUUAACCUGGGAGCCACAGAUGGCUGCUUCAUUACAGGUUGCCAAUACACGACCUAGUUGGGCUACUGCACUUUUCAAAGUUCCCCUGCCCCCACGAAAACUUGUAUUGACCCGCAAAUUCCUUGCGCAAAGUAUCAACGCCUUCUUCCAAAGUGCUGCGUAUUAUACUCCUAUAUUUUACAUCGCAGCCUUCUCCAAAACGCUUGGCUACAAAGACACAGACGGAGCCAACUUCACAGCUCUUAGCAAUGCGUGUAAUGCUAUUGGAAAGGUCGGAGUCGGAUUUAUUGCUGAUAGAAUUGGGCGUCUAGACUCAUUCUUUCUGACGACGCUUCUCAGUUGUACGUCUACAGCUGGUCUCUGGGUUUCGAGUACAGUUCUGGGGUCAUCAGAUGUAGAGCUUGGCAGGGCACUCUUCAUUACUUUUACGGUUGUGUAUGGCUUAUUUGCCAGUGCGUACAUUGGACUCUUCUCACCUGCGUUAGUAGAGCUGUUUGGUAUAUCCGAAAUGCCUCACAUCACUGGCAUUAUGUAUAUGCUCCAGGGCGCAGCUGGGCUGAUGGGAACGCCGUUGGCGGGUUUCCUGGUGACUGAAAGCACAUCCCCAGGUUCCUAUUUGUACAUGGCCGUUCUGGUGGGGUCCUUCAUGUUCAUCUCGACAGUAUCCGUGCAAUGGGCAAGGAUAGAAUUGAUGGUUGAGCGCGCCGGUGGAAAGUGGCAAUGGACAUGGGGUCUGUGA